GGGCCCGCCGCCACCGCGCCCCCCCCCCCCCCAGCAGAAGAUGGCUGUGCCUCCCACAUAUGCUGAUCUUGGCAAAUGUGCCAGGGAUGUCUUCACCAGGGGUUAUGGAUUUGGCUUAAUCAAACUCGACUUGAAGACAAAAUCUGAGAAUGGAAUGGAAUUUACGAGCUCAGGUUCCGCCAACACUGAGACCACCAAAGUGACGGGCAGUCUGGAAACCAAGUACAGAUGGACUGAAUAUGGUCUGACGUUUACGGAGAUGAACACUGACGACACACUAGGCACAGAGAUUACUGUGGAGGAUCAGCUUGCACGUGGACUGAAGCUGACCUUUGAUUCAUCCUUCUCACCAAACACAGGGGGGGGGGGAAAUGCUAAAAUCAAGACAGGGUAUAAGCGGGAGCACAUCAACCUGGGCUGUGACGUGGAUUUCGACAUCGCCGGCCCUUCGAUCCGCGGCGCUCUGGUGCUGGGCUAUGAGGGCUGGCUGGCAGGCUACCAGAUGAAUUUUGAGACUGCAAAGUCUCGAGUGACCCAGAGCAACUUUGCAGUUGGCUACAAGACUGACGAAUUCCAGCUCCACACGAACGUAAACGAUGGGACAGAGUUUGGUGGCUCCAUUUAUCAGAAGGUGAGCAAGAAGUUAGAGACCGCCGUUCAUCUGGCCUGGACAGCAGGAAAUAGUAACACUCGCUUUGGAAUAGCGGCCAAGUAUCAGAUCGAUCCUGAUGCCUGCUUCUCGGCUAAAGUGAACAACUCCAGCCUGAUAGGUUUAGGAUACACUCAGACCCUAAAGCCAGGUAUCAAACUGACGCUCUCAGCUUUGCUGGAUGGCAAGAAUGUCAAUGCUGGUGGCCACAAGCUUGGUCUAGGACUGGAAUUUCAGGCAUAAACAAAUACUGUACAAUCGUUUAAUUUUAAACUAUUUUGAACAUAGCUACCUUCAGAAUUUAGUGUACCUUUUAAUGUCGUAUGUCUGGGAUGCAAGUAUUGCUAAAUAUCACGUUAGACCUUCAGGUUAAAGAUGAUUCAGCUUUAAGGUGUUACCCUUUCAGAGGUACAGAAGAAACCCAAUUCCAAGAAGAGUCCUUUCAGCUGUAGACUUUGGGGGACCUUGGUGGCCCUCUAGAAUUGUCAGGUUUCUUUUUUAUCUAGAAAUGGCUGCAAGUGGAAGC